AUGGCCACCACUCCCAACCCUCAAGAUGUCGGAGCAAUGGCGGACUGGUUCGAUAACCGUCCGAUAAACAAAAAAAGUCGCGACCUCCAAGCCCAAGCCCUACGCGACCGUCUCGCAUUUGUCGGACUGGACUGGGCGAAACAAGUCAAAAUGCUAGACUACGCCUGCGGUCCGGGUUUCCUGUCGCGGAUCUACGGCCCGCACGUAUCCUCCAUCGCCGCAAUCGACAUCUCAGAUACGAUGCUAGAUCGGUACAGAUCAAACAUCGGAACCUAUGGAAUAUCGACGGGGAAAGUGAACGCGCUGGUGGGGAAUCUGCUGGUUGAACCUCCAGAGCCGGCCUCCCUAUCAUCACCAGAAUACCACGAAUUUGAUCUCAUCACCGUCGGCGCAGCACUGCACCACUUUCCCUCUGUCCCCUCUGCGGUCCACGCUCUCGCAGCGCGCUUGAGACCAGGAGGUGUGCUUCUAAUCUGCGACCUGUUCGAUUCCGAUUCCAGAAAGGAUGCAGAUGGCGGAGAGGGGAAGGUGGAAGCUGCUAAGAGACCGAAGGGUUUCACCGAGGAGGGCCUGAAGGAGGUUAUGGAAAAGGCGGGCUUGACGGAGUAUAAGAUGGAAGUGCUCCCGGAGAAAUAUGAGGUCGAGCUGCCGAGCCUAGAGGUGCUGAAGAUUGAGUGUUUCCUAGCGCAGGCAGUGAAGCCGCGCAGUUGAACGG